AUGCGCGCCUGGGUCUACCAGACCGGCAAGGGCGGCAUCGAAAACACGCUCAAACUGAUUCCCGACUACCCUGUGCCCAGCCAUUUCCGCACUCUGGAGGCCCCGCCGCCGGGCCAAAGCGACGCCGUGCUGGUGCGCAUCCUGGCCGCCUCCCUCAACCCCGUCGACUACAAGCUCGUCGAGCUUCCCUUGGUGGGCGGCUUCCUCCAAAAGACACCGGCCACGCCCGCCGUCGACUUUUGCGGCCGCGUUGUGCGUGUCGGCACCAGUACCACCACCUUGAAAAAAGGCCAGCUCGUCGCUGGCAAGCUCCCGCCACAGCCCCAGCACGGCGCCUUGGCCGACUAUGCCCUGGCGCACUCGGUGAACGUCGUGCCGGUUCCGGACGGCGUCUCGGUCGAGCAGGCCGCCACGAUUGGCCUCGCCGGAGCGACGGCGUGGACCGCGCUGGUCCCGCAGAUCGAGGCCGCCCAGGCACGCAACAACACGGCGACGGGGCGCGGGCGUGACCGUGACACACCUCUGCGCGUGUUUGUCAACGGCGGCAGCGGCGGCAUCGGGAGCUUUGCCAUCCCCCUCGCCAAAGCCCGCGGCUGCCACGUCACGGCGACCUGCUCGGCCGCCAGCGCCCACCUCGUCCGCGACGUCCUUGGCGCCGACGACGUCAUUGACUACCGCACGACCGACGUGGCCGACGCCCUCGUCCAAAAGACAAACGAGGCCGGCCGCCCCUACGACGUGGCCGUCGACGUCGUCGGCAUGCGCUUUGGCCUCUACAAAGCCGCCGACGCCUUCCUCGCGGCCGGCGCCGCGUUCCCGCGCAUCGGCAUGGAGCCCGGCACGAUCAAAGACGCCGUCGCCAUCGUGUACCGGCCGACCCUCCUGGGCGGCGGCCGCCAUGCAUCGCCGUUCGUGACCGGCCGCGCCACGCCCGACAUCUUGCGCGGGCUCCUCGACCUGAUGGCGCAGGGCCAGCUGACGGUGCCGCUGGACGGCGGAGCGGCCGUGCCCUUUGAAGAUGUGCCGCGGGCCUAUGCACGGCUCAAGACGCAGCGGACGCAGGGCAAAAUUGUGGUGCGUGUGGCGGAGGAUACUAGGGGAUGA